AUGGAUGGGUGUCUGAGCUCCGAGCAGCAGCCUGGGCGCCUGGGGGAAGGACCAGGCUCCCCAGUUGGCUGGCUGGAGGCAGAGGAAGAGGCUGUCCAGAAAGAUGGCACCAGUGGACCCACAGGAGAUUUUAACAACAUAGAACCAUCUCUUCGCAGCCUCCAGAAAUUUGUUCCUACAAAUUAUGCCAGCUACACGCAGGAGAACUAUCUGUUUGCAGGCAAGAAGAUUGUCGUUCAAGAAUCAAUAGAGAGCUACGGAGCCGUGGUGUGGCCAGGGGCUAUGGCUUUGUGUCAAUAUUUGGAGGAACAUACCGAGGAAUUGAAUUUUCAAGAUGCUAAAAUACUUGAGAUUGGUGCUGGACCAGGCCUUGUUUCCAUCGUGGCCAGUUUUUUAGGAGCUCAAGUCACGGCCACGGAUUUGCCUGAUGUCCUAGGAAACCUUCAACACAACCUUUUAAAGAAUACACUAACACACACAGCACAUCUGCCUGAAGUGAAAGAACUGGUGUGGGGAGAAGGCCUGGAACAGAACUUCCCCAAGUCGACUUUCUAUUAUGACUACGUUCUGGCCUCCGACGUGGUCUACCACCACUACUGCCUGGACAAGCUGCUCUCCACCAUGGCGCACCUCUGCCAGCCAGGGACUGUGUUGCUUUGGGCAAACAAGUUCAGGUUCAGCACUGACUAUGAAUUUCUAGAUAAAUUCAAGCAAGUUUUUGAUACAACGUUCUUGGCUGAAUUUCCAGAGUCGUCGGUUAAAAUUUUUAAAGGAACACUAAAAUGGGACUAAAUGAAACAAAUUGCCAUUCAAAAACUUAGUGUGUGUUUUGAGCCGUGUUAGAAAUUGUAUUGUCAAUAAAACACUUAUAAGAUUGAGAAGGUAGUGCAUAAAAAAAUCUUGUACACGCAAAACAAGCAGAACUUAAUAUUACAGCAGCUAUCUAAAAUCACCUAUUUAAGAUUAUCUGGUUAAUCUAAACAUCUGUAAAGAAUAACGUGAAAAUAUAAAAA